AUGCGUACGCUCGAACGCCUGAUUGCGUUCAAUUACUGCAGGGCCACCACAAGCAGUUCGAUUGCAACAAAAGCAGACGAUAGCUCCGAUAGUGAUGCCGAGCACUCAGAAUCUGGGCAACCACUAUCUGGUCGUAAUUUUACCUCUGUUCGACCUCGAAAGGCAAAAAAGGGGCCUUUCGAUUUCGAGAACCUGAGGAUGGUCCAGGAGCUCAGCAAUGAACAUACUGGAGCCGUAUGGUGUGUCCGCUUCUCUGUGUGUGGUCGUUUGAUGGCAACUGCUGGACAGGACAACAUCAUUCGGGUGUGGGCUGCUCUUAGUCAUUUGAGAUACUUCAUACAAAUAAGAGAAAGAUAUCAGCAGAGGACUUCUAAUGUUUCCGCUUCUUCUAGUCAGGAGUUCCAGUCAUCGUUCCACAAUGUAGAUUCGUUUAGACCUUCGAGAUGCUCAGGCGAAUUCAGCUGUGAAGAAGAGUCUAAUAACAUAUUUGCUUCGAAGCCUUAUGCUGUCUUCAAGGGUCACACUGCUGACAUAUUAGACUUGUCAUGGUCAAAAAACUACUUCAUUCUCUCCUGUGGUAUGGAUAGGACUGUGAAGUUGUGGCAUUUGUCGCGUAAUGAGUGCUUAUGUUGCUUCCAACAUGUCGACUUUGUCACAUCUGUAGCAUUUCUGCCGAAGGACGACCGUUAUUUUCUUUCUGGAUCGCUUGAUGGAAAGCUGCGGAUGUGGCAUAUACCCGACAAAAAAGUUGCUGUGUGGAAUGAAGUUCCUGUGAAAUUCAUAACAGCGAUGACAUUUGUGAAGAACGGGAAGUUUGUAGUUGUGGGAACAUACAACGGGCGCUGUUUCUUCUACUCGACUGAUCAAUUGAAAUACCACACCGUCGUGGAUGUACGUUCAACCCGUGGCAGAAAUGCCAAGGGUCACAAAAUAACUGGCUUAGCUGUUCACGGGGACAAGUUAUUGGUUACUUCUAAUGACUCCCGUAUACGGAUGUAUGAUGUACGAGAUAAAGCACUCACUUGCAAGUUUCGUGGAGCACAGAAUGAACGGUCACAAAUACGUGCGGCCUUUUCACCUGAUGGGAAACAUAUUGUUUGCGGCUCAGAGGACAGGUUUAUUUACUUAUGGCGCAGUGCUCAUUUGCCAUCUACCUUAUCCGUACGGAAAGAUCGCAAUGCUAUGUGGGAAAGAGUUCGUGCCCACAGUGCACCUGUCUCUGUAGCUGUCUUUGCUCCAAAACCACAGGUGUUUCCCUCUGUAAUGGCAAAGCUUGAAGACGAAAACCGUGAGACAGGUUCUGGUGGUCACGUUAUUGUCAGUGCUGACUUGCAGGGAUGCAUCAAAAUCAUGGUCAACAGACUGAAAUCUUUUAAAUCAGGUCAUGGUGUAUUCAUUGGUUGA